UUACUCUGUAGUUGUACUUACAGUAUCCCUACUAACUCCUCCUGUUCCUCUCACUGCGGUAGUCGUCACCGACCACCAGUUUCUGUGUUAAUUGCCAGUCAGUCAGUUGCCGUUAUCUUUAGUAGUCGUCUUGUUGUUCACUCGAUUAUAGACAACUGUUCUCUACGUACACUGCAAACCCCGCUGGGUCAACCACCAACGGACAAACCGUUCAUUUUCGCGUGUUGUGAAAAAAAAAACAACCUAACCUAAACCAGGAUAUUUGGAUAUAUACAGUGUAGAUUUUAAAUUAAAUACUUGCACGCAUACGUACGCUCAUACAAUAUAAAUUCACAAAUAUAUAUUUUUUUAAAAUCCCACCCAAUAUACAUAUAUGUAUAUGAUAUUUACACAUACAUAUAUAUCCCAAACUAGAGAGAUUCAAGACUAAUCUGUCUUCUCUCAUUCAUUCUAUCUUGAAAAAAAAAAUUGUUACUGUGAAGGAUUGCUGAAAGUGCUACUAAUUUGGCCUUCAGACAAAAAACUACGUAUUGAUUUACGAUCUGACCGUAAAAUUUCAUUUGUGCAGCACACACAAAUAUAAAGAAACGAGCCAUGGCUGACGAAGGCAUUAAUAACAUGACCCAGCCGGAUUCAGUUGGCAACCUCCUCGGAGAUAGCCAUUUAGGCAAUUUGGAUAAUUACAGUUCUAGUGCUUUCCAGUCGGAACCUCUGCAGCCUCAACCGUCAGCACCUCAUCAGAUGAUGUCUUCUGGAUCGAUUUCUUCGUCUAAUCCUCUGGAUGAUGACUUCGGUUUUGAUUCGCACAUCACCUCAAGCAACACGGUUAACCCAAGUUCGAAUACCACCAGCAGCGGCAGCAACAAUUCGGCUCAGUCAUCUUCAUCCUAUACCCCGGGACCAUGGCUAAAAAAGAUAGAUCCAAAAGAUGUUGGAGCAUCCAAUGAAGAACUUGAUAAUUCUUUGAAACAAGAGCCUGAGGUCAGUGUGAAGGAUCUACACGGUUACAGACUUAUUCUGGAGGAGGAGGAGUUAGAAAAGUGUUUAAACGAUGAUUUACGCAGAGAAUUGUACAGAGGUUUACGAGGGGAGUUAGAGCAUUACUUAGAGGAGCAAAUUGAUGGCGAGGAUUAUGAUGAGGAUCUCUUUGAAGAUGCUGUAUAUUAUGACUUCUUGGAUCUCAUCUACUGGAGAGAUGUCAAGAAAACAGCUGUGGUCUUUGGCAGCAUGCUCUUUAUUCUCCUCUCCUUGGCAAUUUACUCAGUACUCACUGUUAUUGCUUAUCUGUCCCUGGCAAUUUUGGCGGUCACUCUCAGUUUUCGUGUUUACAAGAACAUCAUGCAAGCAGUCCAAAAAUCUGGUGAUGGACAUCCUUUCAAGGAAUAUCUGGAAUGUGACAUUGAGUUAAAUGACCAGAAAACACAGAAGGUUGUCAAGCUCAUCUUGAAGCAUACCAAUGCUACUGUUCAAGAACUGCGACGACUUUUUCUUAUUGAGGAUCUUGUAGACUCCCUUAAGUUUGGCCUCCUCCUGUGGGUUUUGACUUACAUUGGUUCCUGGUUUAAUGGAAUGACAAUAAUUAUUAACAGUGUUGUGAUAAUUUUCACACUCCCAAAGAUUUAUGAAACAUACAAGGUUCAAAUUGAUAAUUACUUGGCAAUGGCGAGGAGUCAAUUCAAUAAAAUAUUGCAGCAGGUCCAAUCCAAGUUGCCAUUCCUGAAAAAGAAGGCCAAAGCUCAGUAAAGCAACUGUUUUUCUUAAAGCUUCUGUUAAUCUGUUGAAGAUCUCAGCAACUCUAUGUUCCAUGCUAAUAUGUGAGUGUUUGGCCAAGAAAACAUCAACAAUUUUCUUCUUUUAAACAACAACAGCAGCAAAGAAUUAUUGAAAUACAAAACUGUCAAAAUAAAUCCUUGUUAAAUUUUCUUUUAAA